AUGUUUACCGGAAUAGCAACUAGAAGGUUUAUACCCACCCCUAGUGCAAGAUAUUCCCUCAUCAAUACAAAAUUAGCAACAUCUAGAGCACCACAUUUCACCAAAUUAUAUUCAACGGUACCUCCACCUCCAGGGAAACCACAUCCUACAUACACCUCACUUGUUUUCAAUUUAGUCAAAUAUGCUUUAGGUGCCGGUGCACUAGGCGUUGUUGGAUUUGUUGGAUUUGUUGGAUACAAGAUUUACACUGAAACCCAUCCUGGCAAACAACAACCACAAUCGGCCACAUUUCCAACUGGUGAACGGAAGAAAACGUUGGUCGUUUUGGGUUCCGGUUGGGGAUCAGUGGCUUUGUUGAAGAAUUUGGAUACCACGUUAUACAAUGUCGUUAUGGUGUCACCCAGAAACUAUUUCUUAUUCACUCCAUUGUUGCCUAGUGUGCCCACGGGAACUGUUGAUAUGAAAUCAAUCAUUGAGCCAGUUAGAGCCAUAACCAGAUUAUGUAAAGGGCAAGUGGUAUAUUACGAAGCGGAAGCAGUUGAUAUUGAUCCUGAAACAAACACAUUGAAGAUCCAACAAUCUACAACGGUACACUCGGGUCAUUCAAAAGAAAGUUCGGCCUCGACUAGGUCAGAAAAGAUUGGCGAUGAUAACGUCGAAUAUAUCAAUGCUACUCUUCAAUAUGACUACUUGGUUGUCGGUAUCGGUGCCCAGCCAUCAACAUUUGGUUUACCAGGAGUUGCUCAACAUUCAACAUUUGUUAAAGAAGUCGGUGACUCAAUGCGGAUUAAAAAGACAUUGAUUGAUUUAGUUGAAGCGGCUAAUUUGUUACCUGAGAAUGAUAAGGAACGUAAACGUCUAUUACAUGUUAUUGUCUGUGGUGGUGGCCCAACUGGUGUUGAAGCUGCUGGUGAGAUUCAAGACUAUAUCGACCAAGAUUUAAAGAAAUGGAUGCCGGAAGUCGCCAAAGAUUUAACCGUGACCCUCAUCGAAUCACAACCCAAAGUGUUGCACACGUUCAAUCCUAAAUUAGUCGAAUACACUAAUCAAGUGUUUCAAGAUACCAAUAUUGAUUUAGUUACCAAUGCCAGAAUUAAUUCGGUUGAUGAUAAAUAUUGUACUGUUUUCCACAAACAAACUAAAGAAACUGAGGUUGUUCCCUAUGGUAUGCUUAUAUGGGCCACUGGUAAUGCUACUAGAGACUUUACACAUGUUUUGAUGGACAAAGUUGAAGCACAAAAGAGUGCCAAACGAGGCUUUCUUGUUGAUAAACAUUUAAAAUUACAAGGGUCUUCAAACAUCUUUGCCUUGGGAGAUUGCACAUUUACCAAAUACCCACCCACAGCCCAGGUGGCUCACCAACAAGGAGAUUACUUGGCUGAUUAUUUUAACAAGUUGCAGAAAUUAACCAGUUUAAAGUACAAAAUCGAACAUGAUGCCACGGCAUCUGAUGUCUUGAAAUCAAGAGCUUCUCGAUUAGAAAAGAACUUGCCCCAUUUCAUUUACAAUUAUCAAGGGUCAUUGGCCUACAUUGGUAGUGAAAAAGCCGUGGCUGAUUUGGCUUGGGGGUCGUGGUCAAAUGUGUCAACUGGUGGUAAUUUGACUUAUUUGUUUUGGAGGUCAGCUUAUAUCUACAUGUGUCUUUCGGUCAAGAAUCAAAUUUUGAUUUGUAUUGAUUGGUUGAAGGUGUAUGCUUUUGGAAGAGAUUGUUCAAGGGAGUAG